AUGGAUUUCAAAGGCUUUGGGAAAACCUUUUCGGACUUCGGUGCUCAAAUUACGCCAUUUGCGUCACGCACCUUGCAGUUCACAAAGGAACAGUUUGGUCAGGUUGAAGACAAGACCCAGUUACCCUCUGAAUACAUCGAUCUCGAGAAGAAGGUCGAUGCCCUGAAGCAAGCUCACCAAAAGAUGCUAGUUGUCACGUCCCAGUACUCCAACGAGGCCUACGACUACCCGCCCAAUAUCAAGGAGACCUUCCAAGAUCUUGGCCGCACCGUCAGCGAAAAAGUCAACCUUCUCUCGAAUGCGUCCUCCACUGCCGAAGCCCAAGCCGCCCUUGUUGCCCCCCCUUCAGCGAAACCUCAGCCCAAGACCUUCAAUCAUGCCAUUGCCCGCGCCAGUUUGUCCAGCAGCCAGGUGCUGCACCAGAAUCACACUGGCGCUGGUGAAGACCCGCUAGCGACGGCCCUCGAGAAAUAUGCCCUUAGCAUGGAGCGUGUAGGAGAGGCUCGCCUGGUCCAAGAUUCACAAAUCCAGGGUCGAUUUCUGGCUGGCUGGAACACCACCCUCAACACCAGCCUCGCCUUUUCGACACGCUCGAGAAAGAAUGUGGAGAAAACUAGACUAUCCCUCGAUGCCAUAAAAGCCCAUGCCAAGGGUACCACCUUCAGGCUUGGCCAUCAGGGUGCUCGUAAUGAGCAGCAUGAAGAGCAGGAGCUCAGCCCAGAGGCCCAGGAGGAUAUUGAAAAGGCGGAGGACGAGUUUGUAACCCAAACCGAGGAAGCCGUUGGAGUCAUGAAGAAUGUCUUGGAUUCUCCGGAGCCGCUUCGAAACCUCUCGGAGCUCAUCACUGCUCAAGCUGAGUAUCACAAGAAGGCAUGCGAGAUUUUGACGGAACUCGCCCCUGUCAUCAAUGCUCUGCAGACCACGCAGGAGCUUGUCCAGUCUGAACGUACUUGGACACACAUCCACCACGACCUCUCAUUGAGAAUGCGGUCAACAUCCCGUGCCCUUGCUCGCUACCUCGAGCCGGGCACUCCGUCUGGAUUGACUGGGCUCUGGACGCACAGCACACCCCGAUCCACCCUCCUCUACACCUACAGCACAACUCUUGACAAGCUACGAUCUAUUCCCGAAUGCUCACUCUACCGCCAGUCCGUCGAAGCCGUCACGAAGCAUCGCAUGAAUCUCGUCGAGAAAACCGUACCCCCGGGACAUGACGAGUGGGCUUCCAAGGCACGCGAGUUGCUCAGCAAGAACUCGGAACAAUUUCGUGUUGCCAGCGGUCGUGUUGAUGGCAGCGAAGCAAAUAUGGUCAAGCUCGGUGACCGAGUGUUUGUGGUUGGUUCCAAGCACGAAGAGGGCGGAGUCAGAUUUGAGGAGUGGGAUGGCGAGGAGGAUCAUGGCGGCGAGCUUGAGGGAAUUCGGACUCCCGCGGAGAGGAAGGACCAGGUCAUCUGGGGCAUGCGCAAACCUCUGGAGGACCAUGAAAAGGUCAUUUGGGAGGAUGAGCCAGAUAUGACGGCUGAACAGAUACGCGAUUUGGAGCAGCAGAUCGGCGCUGGUCUCAUUGAAGAGGUCAUUCAAGUGGCAGAAGGCGAACUGAAAUUAGUUCAGGCCAUGGAGAAAGAAAAAGUAUGGGAAGACCUUGAUGAGAAGCCUACCAAUGGCCAGUGGGAAUACUUCGGGCGGGAGGCUGCAUAA